UCCCCCCACUAAAAUGGUAGCAUAAUCCGGUGCAAAAAUGAGCAUGGUGCAGUAUAAAAAAGAACCGUAUGUGCUAUCUGAUGUGUGAAACUGUAUAUGUUUGAUCAAGACUUCAUUAAAAAAAAAAGGGAGAAAAAAAAUCAAAAUUACAAGUGGCAAGUUUAAUUUCCGAGUAGUUGUGUUUGGCUUUAGCCCCGGUGUCGUGUUUGCAGCCCGGAGAGGAAUAGAACUGGCAGUUAAAACAAGAAACAAUGCGGGAACGUUAGGACCGUUAUUGGACGUUAAUGUUAAAUUGCAACGACAAUUUGCAUCGAGUCACAAAAACCUGGAGAAAGAAACAAACGCUUGUCGCUGAAUCUGAGCUUUGCAGGCCCCGAGGAUGGCUGCUGCCCGACCCGCAGCCGGACCAGGCUCCUCCAGAGACUUCUACAGGGACCUGGACCCCAGCGACGAGGAUUUGGAUAAAAUUGCUGAAGCAAAUGAACUUUAUGAUGCUGUUCUAACUGGUUCAGUUAAUCAAGACAAAAAGACUAAUGACGCUGCUUCUGAGAAGACAUCUACAGAAGACGGUAAAUCAACUGAUGAGAAAACACAGAGCGGAGGAAACUCACUUAAGAGACUGGCUGUAUAUAUUGGAAAUUUUCCUUGGUGGACAUCUGACAAAGACCUCACAACCAUGGCGCUGAGGCUGGGUGUGAGGGACAUCAAAGAAAUUAAGUUUGCUGAGAACAGAGCUAAUGGCCAGUCACGAGGCUAUGCAGAAGUGGUGGUAACCUCGCAGGAGUCACUAAAAAUAUUGUUGGAAAAAAUUCCCCACUGUCGACUCGAUGGAGAACCAAUAGACUGCCGCUUUGCUUCACGCCACAAUAUUGCUGUCUUCGAGGAAAUUGCAAAUCAGCGUGUACCCCCACGUGUUAACGGGAGUCCCAAAGAAACUGAAUCAGAAGAAAAGAUUCCCAUAGCAUUAUCUUCACAGGAGUCCAGCUUUCCUCCUAUGCCGCCUCCUUUUCCACCACUUCCACAUCCAAGCUGCUUUCCUUCAUCACCCAACCCGUUUCUUAUUCAGCCACCUCCACUUUUUCCACACAUGGUGCCAUCAGUUCCUCCGCCCAUGCCAUCGCAUUUGUUCCCACCUCAUCCUCCCCCAGUCUCAGGCCAGCAAAUUUCCAGUCUUCACAUAAAUCCUGCAUUUUUCAACCCAGCUCAAGAAGGGCACAGCAGCAAACCGUACAGUCAACAAAGGCAAACAUCACAAAAUACAGAUGCAGAUUUCGAGGAACUAAUGAACAGAAAUAGGACUAUUGCCAGUAGUGCGAUCUCCAAGGCUGUGUCUGGAGCAACAGCUGGUGACCUGCGCAUGGCCAUGGAAACACUAUUGACAGCUAUUGCCAUCAUUAAGCAGUCCAGGGUGUAUGGAGACGAAUGCUGUCGAGCUCUGGUCACCUCACUCAAAGACUGUCUGGUCUCCAUCCAGGGCGAUUACAGCUACAAAGAAAAAGAAAGAGACCGGGACAGAGGUCGUGACAGAGACCGGGACCGGCUGAGGGAGCGAGAGAGGGAUGGAGAACGGUACAGAGAACGUAAUCGAGACGACUUUUCCGGCUGGAAAGGUGGAGGAACAUCUCGAAGACACAGAGAACGUUCCUGGAGUGAAGAGAGGGAAAAGGAGCGCUCGCGCGAACAGGAAAGGCAUAGAGAUCACCGGGACCGAUACCGCUGACUUGAUUGGUGAAAAUUGGUGUGGCGCAGAAGAGCGAGGGUAUUUUUGUUUUGGCACCACGUAUAAAGUCUUUGGCGAUACCAAGGAACUGUAUUUCAAAGUCCUAAGUGUACUAUUUUCUUGAUAGCUCUUGUUUAUAGGACUUUAUCUUUUAACAAAAAGGAUACCUGGCUGUAGAUUUUUCUGUAAAAUUUUGUUUCAAAGCCUGCAUGCACAGUAACCUUUAACUUAUGUAAAACAGUGUGAUGUUUAUCACUUUUUGUAUGAAAUCACAAAUUAAAAAAAGACAUUCCCUGAAAA